AUGCCUCUGACAACAAACCCCCAGCCCAGGGCAUCUCCUAUCACUGAUGGAAGGAGGAAAACCCCCAUGGAUUUCGUCAGCGAUUUCGACUUGAUGAAGUUCGGCGUUAAGAAGGAGGCGAUGCAGGGGAUGGACCGCUCCUUCAUCGGGCCAUGCAGCCAGCUUCAAAGACCGGACUCUGUUUCCUCCACCCCUGGCAGUACCCCUUGCAACUCGGUACCCUCUUCACCAAACCUCAAUCCAAACGAGCAGAGAAAUAACGCCGGGGGAAACCACUUCUGGAUACCCAACAACGGGGGUUACCCUCAGCAAAUGUACCCCCAAGCUUUCGGUUUGACACCCGAGGACGCAAUGGAGGCCCUAAUCGGCGCUACGGCGCAGCAGGGACACCCAUCUGUGCCGCACGGCCACCAUCCGCCACCUUUCCAAGCUGAAUACGAAGGGUACGGACACCUCAGCGAGCCUGUCCAGCACUACCCGGGACUCUCGGGUCACCCCGACAUGCAAGGCAUCCCCAGCAGUCACUGUCAAGACCCAUAUCUCAAAGAAGACGUGGGGUGCGCGUCCCCAGAGUCUCCGGAGGACCAGCAGGUCCUCGGUGCGCACCACCAGCAGCAGCACAGCCGCCACGACAGACGAUCCAACGCCGAGAACCACUUCUCAGACGACCAGCUGGUGUCCAUGUCCGUCAGGGAGCUCAACCGACUCCUCAGAGGCCUCAGCAAGGACGAGGUGAUGCGUCUGAAGCAGAAGCGCCGGACCCUGAAAAACAGAGGUUACGCACAGUCCUGCCGCUACAAGCGCGUCCAGCAGAAACACGUUUUGGAGCACGAGAAGACGAGCCUGGUGUCACAGGUCGAGCAGCUGAAACAUGAACUGAACAGACUGAUGCGAGAGAGGGAUGCAUACAAACAAAAAUGUGAGAAACUGUCCGGUGCAAACUGUUACCACGAAACUGGGUCUACCAGUGACAACCCUUCCUCACCCGAGUAUUUAAUGUGAGUUUGUUGAUUUCCUGCAGAACUGAUCGUUUUCCAUGGGGAGGCAUUAUGUUGACAGCUCGUCUUGCUCUUAAACACACAGUCCCAUGGAUUCAUCAAGUUUUAAUUAAUGUUGGACAUACGGAUAUCACUCAAAUAAUUGUAAUUAAUGCAACUAGGCAACAAGUUAUGAAUGGAAAAUUACAAUGAAGCAUGCAUGCAGGACAUGUAUGAGAUGUUUUUAUUUUAUACAGGCGUAUCUGUAUUUUGUCUGAAAGGAGAUACUUGAAAUCAGAGAAUAUUCCCUUUUUUAUUAAUAUACAACUUUAAUGCUUUUGCUUCAGUUACUCAUAAAAUUUUCAUUUUGGUGAUUUUGCUUUGCUUAGUUUUUGUAGAUCAAAUUAUAUUUUGUGUUCCUGCUUCCUUAAAAUAGACAACACGCAAAAGGAAUUAUGCUAGAAAUGACAUUUCUAUUAUUUUUAUGAAUCUGAUUCUGCUGGACAGACGGUGUUCCUUAUUUGCUUUUCUUUUUAAGAUAAUAUAUGAUUAUGCAAAUUGUUUUUCAUUCACUCUGUUUUUAAUUUGCUAUGGAUCAAUAAACCUGUUGUGACUUUUUAAAA